AUGGACACCGAGCACGAUGAAGAUUCUGCCACGGAGAAGUCGGACGUCACCGAUUGGAGCAGCUUACGCGCCAGCCUCGAGGCAGCAUUCGGAGAUAUCGGGACGACAAAGCGGCACAUCAGACUGACGUCGCGCACAUACGUGGAGUACUCAGCGAAAUCCAGGCUUCGAGGAGGAACAUUCGAAGCAGCAAGGAGCUCAAUGAAGAUGAAGAAAAGAUGGACACCGAGCACGAUGAAGAUUCUGCCACGGAGAAGUCGGACGUCACCGAUUGGAGCAGCUUACGCGCCAGCCUCGAGGCAGCAUUCGGAGAUAUCGGGACGACAAAACGGCACAUCAGGUCAGGAUGCCUUGAACUUCAUGGCACUUAUCCAAGCUAAUGCAUGCAUGAGCCCUGGGAUAUUCAGAGGGAAUAAGGGCGAUAAUUUUGAAGAAUUCAUAAGACGAUUUAAACGAAAAUAUAGGACUGUUAUUUUGAUGAUCGGAUUUUGCUUGAAUUAUGGCAGGGCUAAAAGUGUCUUUCUUUCAUUGCCUAGGAAUGUAAGAGAGCAAAGUUUCGAGACAGUAGUGGAAGAACUAAGGAAGUUAUUGGCAAACGAUUCAACGGCGGGACGAUUGAGGGCACUGGCCGAGCUAAGAACCUUAAGGCGGAGAUGGGAUCAAAGUGUUGCGGAUUUUUGUCUUGCACUGGAGAAACUUGGUCGACAGGCUAACCCCUCUUGUAGCAUAAAAGAUAGAUCGCUUGAGUACGCUCAGAUACUUCUGGACAAUUUGACGGAUUGGCCAGAACACGUCCACCUACUGAGCACGCUACACAGGGUAGACCCCACUGAGGCGUAUGACUCCGUCAAGCAGUUGGCUCUGAGCAUCGCAGUCAAAGGCGAUAUGGACUCCGAGAGUGGGCAGAGAUGGAUGGAAAAGGAGGUCAGCCGCGUACCAUCAAGAAGAGAGGAAGCGAGAGCUCGAGCUAAAACCCGUCAGGACAGAGGGCAUAGCGAAGUCAAUUUGAAUGAUGGGCCCAGGCAGGGGGCCAGCAGAAGCGAGAUGAGGCAUUCCAGACCCAGUGAGGAGGUUCGGAAUGGUGGGACUAGGGGUCUCGCUGAAAGAGAACAGGGAGGUCGUAGCGAAGGAGGCAGCGAUAGAAGAAGAUGCUACAACUGCCAGCAGAUAGGGCAUAUUGGGAAGGAUUGUCCACGGAGGAGACCCCGCGUUAACCAGAUAGUGGAUACGUCCAACAAUACGACAAGUGAGUCAGAAGAGAACCGUAAGAACAUGACAGGAUUGAUCAAGAGUGCGCGGAGCCUUGGCAUAAGAGCCAACGGCGACAUGAGUGGACCCUUAAUAGGUGAGAUAUGCUCAGCAUGGGUCAGCAUGUUGUCAGCUCGGGUGCGCGCCGUGCUUGAUACGGGUUCAAUGAUUAGCAUAGUACCAAUAGCUGUGCUGGCACAGGCACAAAGAAGUGGCUUUGACGUGGACAGUUUAGAGAUGAUUUCUAAUUCAGACAUGGUUCCAGUGUAUGACGCAUCAGGUAAUCGCAUGGAGUUCAUGGGAGCUGUGAAGAUUACAGUAGAAUUAGAAGGAGGUAAUCGCAUGGAGUUUAUGGGAGCUGUGAAGAUUACAGUAGAAUUAGAAGGAGGUAGAAAAGCCAAAGUGUCUUUCCACAUUAUGGAUGUCAAUGAAAAAGAAAUUCUACAAGAAAGGAGGGCGUACAUUACUCCGCAUAGUGCAGCGAUUGUGUCGGCUCGAUGUGAGGGGCAUGGUUAUGAGGGAGAUCGCCUCAUUUGGCCACACAUGACUGGGAUGGUUGCAGGUGUGUAUACCAUCAAAGGUCGAAGUGUAGAUGUAUCCGUGGUGAACGAUAGCGAUGAGCCCAUGAUCUGUAGAGAAGGAGACGUGAUAGGUCAGUGGGGGACAGAGAAAUGGCGUGAGGGUUGGGAAGAUGUGAACCCGCUCAUGCUGGAU